AUGGCUGCAAUGAACAAUUGGGGCAACUCCUGCAGGCUGUGCUCCGAGGAAAAGACAGAGAUGUUACCAAUCUUUGGAGACGAGGGUCUGCAGCGAAAGGUUGCACAAAAACUGAGAGCUUGCUUGCCUGUAAUGGUAUACAAAACCGAUCCAUUGCCUAAGCAAAUUUGUCAGUUCUGUGCGGCUAGACUGGACGAUGCCUAUGAGUUCAGAGAAUAUUGUUUAAGCGUUUAUAAGAGUAUGUACAUCAAAUUGUUAGCAAUGAAGGACUUGGAAGCUGUUCAUAUAUUCUUGGAUGCUAUGAAAAACUCUCCUGACCCGUGUCAAGUUCAGCUGUGUAGUGAAAAAGCUCGAGCUCCACCUCCAUUGGUACCUCUACCAACGUCACUGCCAUUUGAAUGCCCAUCAAUUCCUGUUAGUAAUCCACAAACAAAUCCAGUGAAUAACGGUGGUGAUCCUUUACCAGAAUUGCCUUGUGAAGUCCAAAUAGAGGAGCCCUUGUUUGUCGAUCUCGGCUCGAAUUCUCAUUUAAAAGAAAAAUCUGUGGAUCCACAGAAACCGAAUAAUAACGAUGUUAUGGUCAUCGAGACACCAGAAAAUGAUGUAGUUCUGUUAGAUGAUCGAUUGGACGAAAGGAAAAGUCCUGAAAUAGAAGUUAAGAAAGAAGAAAAAAGAACUAGUAUUUUGGAGCAAGUGUUAACAGGGAAUUUGACAUUAAACGAUCGUAAAGAGUUGACAGUGAGGUCAAGACUGAGUUCGAAAUGGUGGUGUCCACCUUGCAAUAAUUAUUAUAGAACAAAGGAGAGUUUGAUGAAACAUUUGAACAGUUGUCCACGAGUGUAUACAUGUAAAAAGUGUUCAUUAGUUUUUGCUUCUGUUGAAGAGCUUGCAAAACAUGAAGGCAGUGAUCAUCUUAAAAUUACUUUGGAUUUUGAUGAGACUGUGAAAGAAUGUCAUCAAUGCGAGCGUGAAUUUGUCAGUUGGGAUAUGUUAAGGCAUCACAGGUUACGAGACCAUGUUGCCGAAUCUAUUGAGAUUGGAAGAAGUACUUGGUGUCCUUUAUGCAACAGAUUUUUCCCAAGUAUAGACUGUUUCGAAAGUCACAAACAGCUUCAUCAACAAGCUGUUUGUCAUGUAGCACUGCCAUCUCUGUCCAUUGAAUCUGUUCCACAAAAAGAAGAAAUACCUAAAGUGAUAAAAAAGGAACACGAAAAUGUGAAGUCAUUAACAUGUCCUACUUGUGGAAAGGUGUGUACACAACAAAGUGCAUUAUCAAAUCAUAUGCGUACCCAUGAACCGAAGAAACAUAAGUGCGAUAUUUGUGGUCGUUCCUUUGGACUUUUCAUUCGAUUAGCUGCGCACAGAUUGAGUGAACAUAAUCAACAACCCAUAAUGACACCUGUAAUGGCAAGUGUUGAACAAGAAGAAGCACUUAACGAAGAACGAGAAGCGCGAGAAGCAAGGGAAGCUAGAACUCGAGGAAGAACUAGAACGUACUCUGAGAUGGCGGACGAAGACGUUAUUUCUAUUGAUGACCAGCCUCCUAUAAAGCGUAAUCCUUUCUCAAACGCCAAUGCCUCUAAGAACGUAGCACGAUGUGGUAUUUGUCUGAAAUGGUUCGGUGACCAUACUACGAUGUUAACACAUUUGCAAACGCAUUCUGACAACUACGUUUAUAAAAACUUUAGUUGUCGCGUGUGCAAAAAGACAUUCAAAGAGAAAUGGCAACUUCUGCGUCAUGAAGUCAUUCAUAAACGUGGUAAUAUGUCGUUGUAUACAUGUAAUAUAUGCAACAAGUCCUUUACAGACAAAGAUAUGCAUAAAGCACAUCAGGCAACACAUACAGUGGAUAAGACAUAUCAUUGUCCAAAAUGCAACAAGAUAUUUUUCAAAGAAUUCUCUCUUAUGACCCAUCAGUGUACAGGAAAAUCCUUAUUUAGUAAGAAAAACGCAACUUUAAAUACAAUACAGAAAUCAGGGAACUAUGGAGCAAGCAAGAAAUAUAAGUGUUCAACGUGCAAUGCUGCCUUUGCUACGUCGCAAUCAAGAAACUCGCAUAUGAAAAUGCACACUGAAAACCAGAAAACUAUGCAAUUACGGAAUCAGGAAGUUAAAAAGGAGAAAGACUUUGAAUCGAUGCCCAAAUUAACCCCUGAAACAUCUGCAGGGACAUCGGUGCCAUUUAUAGAACCUAAAGUUGAAAUUAAAGAAGAAGCUGCACCUAUCCCUGUUAAAAGAACUCUUAUCAGGACAGCUGGAGGGUAUCGUUGUGGAGUUUGUCAGUCACCAUUCGUUUUACGAGAACUUGCAGUUGCGCAUCUUAGAUCUGCACAUCCUGUAAUGCCGUAUCAAUGCCCUUACUGUAAGAAACGUUUUACGACACAAUACAUGUUUACGCAUCAUAUUAAGACAGAUCACCCUGACGAAUAGAGAAUGUCAGUUGUAUUUAAAAGAAAAUAGUACUUAGUUACGGAAGUUAUUACAGGAAUUAAAGAGACACACCAACUGUGUUGGCCUUUUACCCCAUAUCGUGAGAAAUGUAGGUUACACCAAAUCUGAAACAUUUUCACUUAGGGAAAAAGUUCAUAAAGUCAAGCAUGUGUACAGUAACACAAAAGAACGUGUAUUUUAUACAUUUAUCACUAAUGUUCCUGGAAAGUAUAUUGGUGCAAGAAGCUUUUUGGAGAUGCAGCAUGCCUUCUCGGAGACUCAAACUUCAUGAAUUUCAAUGAAAGAAUUCCUUUCAUUAUGACAUGUGCAACAAACCACUUGUAGAAUCUAAGAAAAAUAUUUCGGCACAGUCACGGUGACCACCGUAAGCCAAGCCUUAAAUAAUACAAUUUACCACGGAGAACUGUAUUCGAUGAAACCGUAAUACGUAGUAUCUUACAUGUUCUAGAAGGCAGACUUAGUAUUAAAUUUAUAUGUAGCUAUAUAACGAUAGAGUAUAUUUUAUAACACCAUGUUUGCCUGUAUCAGAAUUUUCUGGCCAUGUUCGAUGUGUAUUGUAGAUAAUGGUCGCUCUUGUUGGAAAUUUAAUUGCUUCUUAAGCCUUAUUUGUACUUAGAGAUUGUGUUUAUAUGAUUGUAAGAAAAAUAGUUUAUUAUUUUGUAUUCAACAGCAAUCUUUGAAGAGUAAUUUCAUCUUAAAUGUGUACAUUCGAUAUUAUAUAAUAGGUUGGAAAUAGUAAUCACAUUCAAAUAUAAAGACUUCGUUUAGAAUUUUAUGGCAUAUCUACUGACUUUUUAUGUUUCAUUGUCAAAAUAACAUUGUAAAAUUCUAAUGAGGUCUGUAAAAUCCGGUAUACAUUUGGUAUACGUUAAUUACUUGUAACAUGUAUUAAACUGGAUGCUGUUACAUUUAACUGUGUUCGGUUUAAAAAUUAAUUGUUAAAACAAAAACAUGUUACAUGUAGUAUAAUUUGAAUGAGGCAAUCUUGUACAAUUUACUUACUUUUGCCACAAACCAUUGUUAUUCUUUAUGUUACUAAGUUUAAUUAGCAGUACUGCUCUGCAACAAGAAACUGAUCGAUGAACAAUUACCAGUAUUGUUCUUCACAAUUAUAUUUUCAUAUGAGCCGCAAAUUUCUUCGUCCCUGAGUUACCCAUUAUCAUGAAAAAAUAUAUAAUUAUGAUAGAAAAUAUGUUGUCUAGUUUCUUACUAAAGAUCUUGCUCAUUGUUGAAUUUAAGUAUUUUAUAUAUACAUGAAUAAGGAUCGUUUUUAUAAUUACAGUCCCAUAUAUUUAUGUAAUCGUAACCGAACAAAUGGAAUUAAUUGACGAGGUCAGUGUCAAGUAUUAGCUAUAAGCCAUUGUAAAUAGUCAUAUUGCAUUGAAAUGCCAUUCAGUUUUAUUCCGAGCUGUAUCACUAAUUUUUUAUAAUAUUGCAAGGGGUAAGCAAAGCAAGUAAUAAAACGUUUUAAUAAAAUCUUUGAAAUAAUUUACUAUUCAUUGCAGAUGAAUAUAAAAAACGGAAGGAUCAAUUGCAUGGAUUUGUGUCACUGUAUGUACAUACAAAGUAAUAGCCAGGUUUCUAUUAAAAAAGAAAAGUUACAAAUCAUUAAUAAUGAACCGUGUAUUGAUCUUCUCCAUUAAAAACAAGUAGAUAAUCAGUGAUAAUAUUGCAGGUAAAAAAAUUGAUAUGCUUUGCAAUUAUUGUAAGCGCAGAACACGUUUUAAACACGUUACAAUUAAUUUUGGAAGGUUCCUGAUCAUUGACAAAUUGUUAUUUUGAAUGAUGCCGCCGAAAAUGAAAGACGUCAGUAAUGUGGAAACUCUACUAGAGAUGAGUUGGGAGAUUGCUCACGGGCAGGAUCAAGUGA